AUGAUUGCCCUGCACAAUGCGGUUGGAGGGCUAGAUACAGAAAAGUUACCGUUUUCAUUAUUUGACCGGAAUGGAAGAUAUGUGCAAGCUCUCUUGACAGCAAACAAGAGGGUUAAUAUGGAGGGAGAGAUUAUUGGAGCCUUCUGCUUCUUGCAGAUUGCAAGUCCUGAGUUGCAGCAAGCUUUGGAAGUCCAGAGACAGCAGGAAAAAAAAUGCCUUGCAAGGAUGAAAGAGUUGGCUUACAUUUGCCAGGAAAUAAAAAACCCUUUAAAUGGUAUACGCUUCACCAAUUCGCUUUUGGAGAACACGGACUUGACUGAAGAUCAAAAGCAGUUUCUCGAGACUAGUGCUGCUUGUGAAAAGCAGAUAUUGAAGAUCAUACGAGAUGUUGAUCUCGAGAGCAUUGAAAAUGGUUCGCUGGAGCUUGAGAAGGCUGAAUUCUUACUUGGGAGUGUGAUAAAUGCUGUUGUUAGCCAAACAAUGCUAUUGCUGAGGGAAAGAAAUCUACAAUUGCUUCGUGAUAUUCCAGAAGAAAUAAAAACACUGGCAGUUUAUGGUGAUCAGGCCAGAAUUCAACAAGUAUUGGCUGAUUUCUUGUUGAAUAUGGUGCGUUAUGCUCCAUCUUCAGCAGGUUGGGUAGAGAUUCAUGUUUGUCCAACACUGAAGCAAAUCUCUGAUGGACACACUCUCGUGCAUACGGAGUUCAAGAUUGUUUGCCCUGGUGAAGGUCUUCCUCCUGAAUUAGUUCAAGAUAUGUUUCAUAGUAGUAGAUGGGUUACUCAAGAGGGCCUAGGGCUCAGCAUGUGCAGGAAGAUUUUAAAGCUAAUGAAUGGUGAAGUCCAAUAUAUUAGAGAGUCAGAAAGAUGCUAUUUCUUAGUUAUCCUUGAAGUACCCAUGCCUCGAAAAGGUGGAAAAAGUGCUUCGAACUAG